AUCUUCCGUCCCAACUGCGAGUGGUUGAGUCCCUGGCGGGGCGCGGCGGUGGUAGGUGUAGCUUACGGGUUCCCGAGCUGACGUGGCUUAAAUUGGGAGGGGGGCAGCUGGAACCUCCGGGGGCAACCGCUUCCAGAAAUGCUGAGCCGAUUGUCAGGAUUAGCAAAUGUUGUUUUGCAUGAAUUAUCAGGAGAUGACACUGAUGAGAAUAUGAGGACGCCCUUAGACCCUGAAUUACCCCAGGAAUCUGACAUGGAAUUUAAUAAAGAAACACAAGAGGAUGUUCUGGAACGCCUGGCUUAUGCAGAGAAGUUAGUGGUGGAGCUAAAAGAUAUUAUUAGACAGAAAGAUGUUCAACUGCAGCAGAAGGAAGAAGUUCUACAGGAAGAAAGAAAAGCUGCUGAUAACAAAAUAAAAAAACUGAAACUUCAUGCUAAGGCCAAAUUAACAUCUUUGAAUAAACACAUAGAAGAAAUGAAGGCUCAAGGAGGGACUGUUCUGCCUACAGAAUCUAAGUCAGAGGAGCAACUUUCCAAGCAUGACAAGAGUUCUGUAGAGGAAAAUAUGGAAAUGGAAAUGAUGAAACAUAAACUCCAGGAGAAGGAGGAACUAAUUAACACUUUGCAAGCCCAGCUUACCCAGGCACAGGCAGAGCCAGCUGCACAGUUUAAUAAGAGUAAUAUAGAAAUGGAAGAAUUUAUAAUUAUGAAGCAACAGCUCCAGGAGCAGGAGAAACUUAUCAGCACUUUGCAAGCCCAGCUCAGCCAGACACAGGCAGAACAAGCUGCACAGUUGAGUUCCAUGCAGCAGGUGGUCCGAGAGAAAGAUGCCCGCUUUGAAACACAAGUUCGUCUUCAUGAAGAUGAGUUGCUUCAGUUAGUAACCCAGGCAGAUGUGGAAACAGAGAUGCAACAGAAAUUAAGAGUGAUGCAAAGAAAGCUUGAAGAACAUGAAGAAGCCUUGGUGGGCCGUUCUCAGGUUAUUGACUUGCUACAACAGGAGCUGACUGCUGCUGAACAGAGAAACCAGAUUCUCUCUCAGCAGUUACAGCAAGUGGAAGCUGAGCAUAACACUUUAAGGAAUACUAUGACAACAGAAAGACAAGAGUUCAAGAUUCAGAUAGAAAAGAUGGAACUUGAAAUGGCAGAGAAAAAAUUGUCCUUCCAUAACCUCCAAGAAGAAAUGCAUCAUCUUUUGAAAAAGUUUGAGCAAGCAGGCCAAGCCCAGGCUGAACUGGAGUCUCAGUACAGUACUUUGGAGCAAAAGCACAAAGCAGAAAUGGAAGCAAAGACAUCUCACAUUUUGAGUCUUCAAAAGACUGAACAAGAGCUGCAAUCUGCCUAUGAUGCUCUGAAGGAUCAAAAUUCAGAGCUUCUCAAAGAUAAGAAUGAACAAGCAGCUCAGUCAGCCCAAGCCAUUCAACAGUUGGAAGAUCAACUCCAGCAAAAGUCCAAAGAAAUUAACCAACUUCUUAAUAAACCAACCAUACAAAACCAUGAAAUAGCAUCUCAGACUUCUUUCCCAGAUCAGGGCACACAGGCAGACACUGAGGAGACGCUUGCCUCUUUGCAGAAGAGAGUGGUAGAACUAGAGAAUGAAAAGGGAGCCCUGCUCCUUAGUUCUAUAGAGCUGGAGGAGCUGAAAUCUGAGAACGAAAAACUAUCUUCUCGGAUUAUUCUUCUGGAGGCUCAGAAUAGAACUGGGGAGGCAGAUAGAGAAGUCAGUGAGAUGAGCACAGUUAAUAUUACCAGGCCUAAUAGAAGCAGCUCUUCUACCGAGGAAAAUGAACAAGAUGUUCUAGAGAGCACAUUUUCUCAGAAACAUAAGGAGUUAUCAGUUUUAUUGUUGGAAAUGAAAGAAGCUCAAGAAGAAAUUGCAUUUCUUAAAUCACAGCUCCAGGGCAAAAGGGCUGAGGGGGAGCCUGAGGUCCUUGACCAGACAGAAAUGAAACAGACAGAAAGUCAAGGAAUAUCUACAAUUAAAAUGAAAGUAUUUCUUGAAGAUAGGGGGCAAGACUUUCCCUCAAUGCCAAAUGAAGAAAGCAAUCUUCCAGCAAUUGAAAACAAAGAACAGGAGAAUACCAAACAUCAGACUAGAACACCUGAGGAUGUAUCAUUAAAUGACAUUGGAAUGGAAUUAAAAUCAACAAAACAGGAUGAUGUUAAUAAAUCCCUUUCUGCUAUACCGGAUACUGGUCAGUAUCAUCAGGAUGAGUUGGAAAGAUUAAAAAGUCAAAUUUUGGAGCUUGAGAUAAGCUUUCAUAAAGCAGAAGAAAUCUAUGAGAAAAGUUUAGACGAGAAAGCUAAGGAAAUUAAUAAUUUAACUCAGUCACUUGAGGAAUUUAAGAAAAAUGCUGAAAACACCAGCAGUACGCUCACUGCUUUGUCUGAAGAAAGAGAUCAGCUUCUUUCUCAGGUGAAGGAACUUAGUGUAGUAACAGAACUGAGGGCUCAGGUAGAGCAACUGGAAACAAACCUUGCAGAAGCAGAAAAGCAGAGAACACUUGAAUAUGAAAGCCAAAGAACUCAUCACAACCUGCUAACUGAACAGAUCCACAGUCUCAGCAUGGAAGCCAAAUCUAAAGAUGUGAAAAUUGAAGUUUUACAGAAUGAACUGGAUGAUGUGCAGCUUCAAUUUUCUGAGCAGACCACACUGAUAAGAAGCCUGCAAAGUCAGCUGCAGAAGAAGGAAAGUGAAGUGCUUGAGGGGGCAGAACAUCUGAGGGAUAUCUCAAAUAAGAUGGAAGAACUGCUACAGACACUUUCACAGAAGGAACUUGAAAUAGCAAAGAUGGAUCAACUGUUACUAGAGAAAAAGAGAGAUGUGGAAACCCUCCAACAAACCAUAGAGGAGAAGGAUCAGCAAGUGACAGAAAUCAGCUUUAGUAUGACUGAGAAAAUGGUUCAGCUUAAUGAGGAGAAGUUUUCUCUUGGGGUUGAAAUUAAAACUCUUAAAGAACAACUGAAUUUAUUAUCAAGAGCUGAAGAAGCAAAAAAAGAGCAGGUAGAAGAAGAUAAUGAAGUUGUUUCUGAACUUAAACAUAAUUAUGAUGAGUUGAGCCCAGCAGGGCUAAUAAGUAAAGAAGAACUUCAGCAUGAAUUAGAUCUUCUGAAGAAAGAAAGUGAGCAGAGAAAGAGAAAGCUCCAGGCAGCUCUUAUUAACAGAAAGGAACUUCUACAAAGAGUCAGUAUAUUAGAAGAGGAAUUAGCCAAAGUGAAAGAUGAAUCUAGGAAAGAGAUCCCACUAAGUGAGAGUGAGAGGAGGGAAAUGGAGGCAGAUAAAGAGAACAAAGAAGACUCAGAGAAAUGUGUGACUUCUAAGUGUCAAGAAAUAGAAAUGUCUUUAAAACAGACCAUAUCUGAGAAAGAACUGGAGCUAGAACAUGUAAGGAAGGGUUUGGAAGAAAAGAUAGCAGCUGAAGAAGAGUUACAGACUAUAGUUAAACAGAUGGGUCAGAGCUUGCAAGAUAAGACAAACCAAAUAGAUUUGCUGCAAGCAGAAAUCAUUGAAAACCAAGCAAUUAUCCAGAAGUUAACCUCAAGUAAUAAGGAUGCAGGUGAUGGAGACUCAGCAGCACCUGUAAAAGAAACAGCAGCAAUCAGUCCACUUGGUGCAGGGAGUGGAGAACACUGGAAACCAGAAUUAGAAGAAAGGAUAGUAGGCCUUGAAAAAGAAAAGGAGCAACUUCAAAAGAAGCUACAGGAAGUCUUAACUUCCCGCAAGGCGAUUCUAAAAAAGGCACAGGAGAAAGAAAGACAUCUUAAGGAGGAAAUAAAGCAACAGAAAGAUGACUAUAAUCGCUUGCAAGAGCAAUUCGAUGAGCAAAGCAAGGAGAAGGGGAACAUUGCAGAUCAGCUAACACAACUCCAGAUUCAAGUACAGGAGUCCCUAGACAAAAAACACCCAGCCACUGACCCACAGGAACCAAGCUCUCCCGCUCAAGGUUUAGAACAACCUUUACUCAAAGCCACAGAACAGCAUCCUAGCCAACCUGUUUUAGAGUCUGAUUUGUACCCAGACUGGCCUCAUCCUGAAGAUACAAGUACUCUGCAGGGUAAUACUUCCAUUGCCCACAUUAAGGCCCAACUGAAAGAAAUAGAGACUGAGAAAGAACAGUUAGAAUUGAAAUUUAGUUCUGCAACAAGUGAGCUUACCAAAAAAUCAGAAGAAGUAUUUCUGUUACGAGAGCAAAUAAACCAACAGGAUUUAGAAAUCCAGAGUCUGAAGACAGCAUCCCAUGAAGCAGAAGCCCGUGCAGAAAGCCUGAAGCAGAAACUGGAAAGCAGUCAACUAGAAAUUGCUGGCUUAGAACAUUUGAGAGUAUUACAGCCUGAACUAGAUGAACUGCAGAAACUUAUAAGCAGAAAGGAAGAAGAAGUUAGCAAUAUUUCUAAACAACUUAGAGAGAAAGAAGAAACCCUUGCUAAAGUACAGACAGAGAUAAUAGAACAAGAAGAUUUAAUUAAGGCUCUACAUACACAGCUUGAAAUCCAAGCCAAAGAACAUGAUGAGAGGAUAAAGCAGUUUCAGGUAGAACUUUGUGAAAUGAAGCAAAAACCAGAAGAGAUUGAAGAAGAAAGUAGAGCAAAGCAACAAAUACAAAGGAAACUGCAGGCUGCCCUUAUUUCCCGAAAAGAAGCACUGAAAGAAAACAAAGGUCUCCAAGAGGAGUUGUCUUUGGCCAGAGAUACCAUUGAACAGCUCACCAAGUCUCUAGCAGAUAUGGAAAGUCAAGUUUCUGCUCAAAAUAAAGAAAAAGAUACAUUCUUAGGAAGAUUAGCUCUUCUUCAGGAAGAAAGAGACAAACUCAUUACAGAAAUGGACAAAUCGUUACUGGAAAAUCAAAAUCUCAGUGGCUCUUGUGAGAGUCUAAAGCUAGCUCUAGAGGGUCUUACUGAAGACAAGGAAAACUUAGCGAAGGAAAUUGAAUCUUUGAAAUCUUCUAAGAUUGCAGAAAGCACAGAGUGGCAAGAGAAACACAAGGAGCUACAAAAAGAAUAUGAAAUUCUGCUACAGUCCUAUGAGAAUGUUAGCAAUGAAGCUGAAAGGAUUCAGCAUGUGGUGGAAACUGUGAGGCAAGAGAAACAGGAACUGUACGGCAAGUUAAGAAGUGCAGAAACAAACAAGAAAGAGAUAGAAAAGCAGUUGCAAGAAGCUGAGCAAGAAAUGGAGGAAAUGAAAGAAAAGAUGAGAAAGUUUGCUAAAUCUAAGCAACAGAAAAUCCUAGAGCUGGAAGAAGAGAAUGAGCGGCUUAGAGCCGAGGUAUACCCUGCAGGGGGUACAGCUAAAGAAUGUAUGGAAACACUUAUUUCUUCCAAUUCCAGCAUGAAAGAAGAACUCGAAAGGAUCAAAAUAGAGUAUGAAACCCUCUCUGAGGAGUUUAAGACUUUACUGGCUGAGAAAAAGUCUCUAAGUGAAGAGGUUCAAGACUUACAGCAUCAGAGAGAAGAGAUUGCAUCUAAACAAGCUAGUCUAGAGGCACCUGAAAAACAUAACCAAAUGGAUGUGCUUGAAGAGGGAACACAAUGUGUACCAAGUGAGGUGAAAGAGCAAGACUCCCUGAGUAUGAGCCCAAGGCCUGCACAAUCAGAAUCUGCUCUAUCAGAGAACGGUGCUAAACCUGAUGUAAGUGAGGAUUUUAGCUCACAUGACAAAAUUAAUAAUUACUUGCAACAGAUUGAUCAGCUCAAUCAAAGAAUUGCUGAAUUAGAGGCAGAGAAGCAGAAAGACAGAGAACUUAGCCAGACUUUAGAAAAUGAGAGAAAUACCUUACUGAGUCAGGUAUCAACAAAGGAUGACAAACUAAAAAUGCUUCAGGAUGAGGUAACCAAAAUAAACCUGUUAAAUCAGCAAAUCCAAGAAGAACUCUCCAGAGUCACCAAACUAAAAGAGACAGCAGAAGAAGAGAAAGAUGAUUUGGAAGAGAGGCUUAUGAAUCAAUUAGCAGAACUUAAUGGAAGCAUUGGCAAUUAUUAUCAGGAUGUUACAGAUGCCCAAAUAAAAAAUGAGCUACUGCAAUCUGAAAUGCAGAACCUUAAAAAGUGUAUGAGUGAAUUGGAGGAAGAAAAGCAGCAGUUGGUCAAGGAGAAAACUAAGGUGGAAUCAGAAAUACGAAAGGAAUAUUUGGAGAAAAUACAGGGUGCUCAGAAAGAACCUGGCAAUAAAAGCCAUGCAAAGGAACUUCAGGAACUGUUAAAAGAAAAACAGCAAGAAGUAAAGCAACUGCAGAAGGACUGUAUCAGGUAUCAAGAGAAAAUUAGUGCUCUAGAGAGAACUGUUAAAGCCCUAGAAUUUGUUCAAACUGAAUCCCAAAAGGAUUUGGAAAUAACCAAAGAAAAGCUGGCUCAAGCAGUUGAACACCGCAGCAAGGCACAAGCAGAAUUAGCUAACUUCAAAGUACUGCUAGAUGACACUCAGAGUGAAGCAGCAAGGGUUCUAGCCGACAAUCUCAAGUUGAAAAAGGAACUUCAGUCAAAUAAAGAAUCAAUUAAAAGCCAAAUGAAACAGAAGGAUGAAGAUCUUGAGCGAAGAUUGGAGCAGGCAGAAGAGAAACACCUGAAAGAGAAGAAGAAUAUGCAAGAGAAACUGGAUGCUUUGCAUAGAGAAAAAGUCCAACUAGAAGAGACAUUUGGAGAAAUUCAGCUUACUUUGAAUAAGAAAGACAAGGAAGUUCAGCAACUUCAGGGAAACUUGGAUAGCACAGUGGCCCAACUUGCUGCCUUCACUAAGAGCAUGUCUUCCCUCCAGGAUGAUAGAGACAGGGUGAUAGAUGAAGCUAAGAAGUGGGAGAGGAAGUUUGGUGAUGCAAUUCAAACCAAAGAAGAAGAAAUUAGACUUAAAGAAGAGAAUUGCAGUGUUCUAAAGGAUCAGCUUAAACAGAUGUCCAUCCAUAUGGAGGAAUUAAAGAUCAACAUUUCCAGGCUUGAACAUGACAAGCAAAUUUGGGAGUCCAAGGCCCAGACAGAGGUCCUGCUUCAGCAGAAGGUCUGUAAUACUCUACAGGGGGAAAACAAAGAACUUUUGUCCCAGCUAGAAGAGACUCGACACCUAUACCAUAAUUCUCAAAAUGAAUUAGCUAGGUUGGAAUCAGAACUUAAGGUUCUCCGAGACCAGUCAGCUGAUUUAAAUAACUCUUUAGAAAAAUGUAAGGAACAGAAAGAGAACUUGGAAGGGAUAAUAAAGCAGCAACAGGCUGAUAUAAAAAAUUGUAAGUUCAGUUAUGAACAACUAGAAACUGAUCUUCAGGCCUCCAGAGAGCUGACCAGUCGGCUACAUGAAGAAAUACAUAUGAAAGAACAGAAGAUUAUAAGCUUGCUUUCUAGCAAGGAAGAGGCAAUUCAAGUAGCUCUUGCUGAGCUCCAUCAGCAACAUGAUAAAGAAAUUAAAGAACUGGAAAACCUGCUGUCCCAAGAGGAAGAGGAGAAUAUUGUCUUAGAAGAGGAGAACAAAAAAGCUGUUGACAAAACAAAUCAACUUAUGGAAACACUGAAAACUAUUAAAAAGGAAAACAUUCAGCAAAAGGCUCAAUUGGAUUCCUUCGUUAAAUCCAUGUCUUCUCUCCAGAAUGAUCGAGACCGCAUAGUUGGUGACUAUCAACAACUGGAAGAGCGACAUCUCUCUGUAAUCUUGGAAAAAGACCAACUCAUCCAAGAGGCUGCUGCUGAGAAUAAUAAGCUUAAGGAAGAAAUUCGAGGCUUGAGAAGUCAUAUGGAUGAUCUCAAUUCUGAGAAUGCCAAGCUUGACGCAGAGCUGAUCCAGUAUAGGGAAGACCUGAACCAAGUAAUAUCCAUAAAGGACUGUCAGCAAAAGCAACUGCUGGAAGCUCAACUUCAACAAAAUAAAGAACUAAAAAAUGAAUACUCUAAAUUAGAAGACAAGCUUAAGGAAUCUGAGGAAGCAAAGGAGCAUCUGCAGAAAAACCUGAAGGAGCUGGCCCAGCUGAGAGAACAGCAGGGCCUCCCACACAGACAGCCAGACGCUUCUCUUUCUAAAGCUUCCUUUGCAAUGAACUCCACUGAGGAGAAUAGCUUUUCUCACCUUGAGAAACUUAACCAACAGCUCCUGUCCAAAGAUGAACAGCUGCUUCACUUGUCCUCACAACUGGAAGACUCUUACAACCAAGUGCAGUCCUUUUCCAAGGCUAUAGCCAGUCUACAGAAUGAGAGAGAUCGCCUGUGGAAUGAGCUGGAAAAGUUCCGAAAGACAGAGGAAGGAAAGCAGAGGUCUGCAGCCCAGCCUGCUACCAGCCCAACUGAAGUACAGAGUUUGAAAAAAGCUAUGUCUUCACUCCAGAAUGACAGAGACCGACUACUGAAGGAGUUGAAGAAUCUGCAGCAACAAUACUUACAGAUUAAUCAAGAAAUUAAUGAGUUACGUCCACUGAGGGCUCAACUUCAGGAGUAUCAAGAUAAGACAAAAACAUUUGAGGUUAUGCAAGAAGAGCUCAGGCAGGAAAAUCUCUCCUGGCAGCAUGAGCUGCAUCAGCUCAGAAUGGAGAAGAAUUCCUGGGAAAUGCAUGAGAGGAGAAUGAAGGAGCAGUACCUUCUGGCUAUCUCAGAUAAAGAUCAGCAGCUCAGUCAUCUGCAGAAUCUUAUGAGAGAAAUGAGGUCUUCUACCUCUCAGACUCAGCCCCACAAAGUGCAAUACCAAAGACAGGCAUCCCCAGCUUCCCUAGAUGGGUCACAAAACCUAGUUUAUGAGACAGAACUUCUUAGAACCCAGCUCAAUGACAGCUUAAAGGAAAUUCACCAAAAGGAAUUAAGAAUUCAGCAACUAAAUGGCAAGUUCUCUCAGCUACUGGAAGAGAAAAACACCCUUUCCAUUCAACUCAGUGAUACUAGUCAGAGUCUUCGUGAGAACCAACAGCACUACAGUGACCUUUUGAAUCACUGUGCAGUCUUGGAGAAGCAAGUUCAAGAGCUGCAGGUGGGGCCACUAAAUGUAGAUGUUGCUCCAGGAGCUCCCCAGGAAAAGAAUGGGGUUCACAGAAAGAGUGAUCCUGAAGAACUGAGGGAGCCACAGCAAAGCUUUUCUGAAGCCCAGCAGCAGCUGUCCAACACUAAACAGGAAGUGAGUGAAUUAAGGAAGCUGCUGGAAGAAGAACGAGACCAAAGAGUGGCUGCUGAGAACGCCCUCUCUGUGGCUGAGGAGCAGAUCAGGCGGUUGGAGCAUGGUGAGUGGGACUCUGCCCGGACUCCUAUCCUUGGCUCCUGUGGCAGUCAGGAGCAAUCAGUGUUAAUAGAUAUUACAAGCAACAGUUGUCGAAGGACCCGAACUGGUGCUGGAUGGAAGCGGGUCCUGCGUUCACUCUGUCAUUCUCGGACCCGAGUGCCACUGCUGGCAGCCAUCUACCUUCUGAUGGUUCAUGUCCUACUCAUUCUGUGUUUCACAGGCCAUCUAUAGACUUAGUUACUUUUUGGACCACUGCCCUCAGAACUUGGAAUUCCUUCACUUCUAAUGUCAGAACUGUCAAUUCCAUUGGAACAGUCUUCCCACUUUACUCUCCAUGUAAAGAACCUGCAAAAACAGAGGUGGAUAUGGAGCUGCAGGGAAUUUGCUUUCUUCUACUGCCCUGGGCUGGAACCCUUUUACUUAAUCUGAGAAACCUCACAUUUGGUUUUCUCAGCCUGAUAUUUGUUGGGAUUUUGUAGAGCCCUGAUCUUUUUUAAGACCUAUAAAAAGUACUGAAGAAUGUCUUUCACCCAAGCCAAGAGGAUGUUUUCAAUAAACCUAACAAUCUAAA